AUGACGGAAGUAAGGAAGCUAAAGCAAACGCGUGCUCGAUAUAAGGGUAACGUAACAAGAAUAUUGACAUUUUUGGAUUCCGAUGAGCCAAAAACCGCGAUCGAUGCGCAAGUAAGACUAGAGAAGCUCUCAGAAUUAUGGGACAAAUUCGAGACCAUACAAAAUGAUAUCGUCGAAGCAAGGUUAGAAGCAGACGCACAGCUCGAAGAUAUACAAGCAGAAAACGAAGCAGAAGGACAACUCUUCGAAGAAGGCUAUUACAAAGCGGCGGCGAGACUUCAAGAAAUUAUUGCAGCGGAAGCAGCUGUAGCUCAAGCGGAUCAAGCGGCGCAAAAUUUGCCAGCGCCAGUUCAACCACAGCGGAAAAACAAACCGAAGCUCCCAGAAAUAAAGCUGCCGGAGUUUAGCGGAGAUUUCACAAAGUGGAUCUUCUUCAAGAAUAGUUUUGAGACAACUAUACAUCGCGAUGCAGAUCUGACACCGAUGCAAAAGCAUCAAUAUUUGAUUGGCCAACUUCAAGGGGAAGCACGUCAGGUCAUUCAGGGAUUCACUAUAUCCGAUGAGAAUUAUUGGAGUGCCUGGAAUCUUCUUAAGGACACGUAUGAUAACACGAUGUUAAUAAUCGAAACGCAUCUUGAAGCAUUACUGAAAUUCCCGGACAUAACAAAGGAAAACAAGGCCGAUUCAAUCCGGCAAUUCAUUUGGCAUAUCCACACGCACACGAAGUCUCUCGAGGCUCUGCAGCAACCAGUCGACCAGUGGGAGACAAUGCUCAUUCACUUAGCAAAAAAGAAGCUGGAUUUCGCGGAGCAACGCGACUGGCAGAACAUCGCAAAGGAUCGAACACCUGCAAACAUGCCGACGAUGGAUGAAUUUUUAAAGUUCCUGACAGAGCGCUGUCAUACGAUGCGAGUACUUAAUCAAGGCAAGGUAAAGCAACCUCCGAACGAGAAACCAACAGGCAAAAAGAAGACGGAAAAGAAGGUUUCACUCACUACGACGUCAGCAAACUGUAAAAUUUGCGAGGGCAGCCAUGCUAUUUACAGGUGUGAAGAACUCCUGAAUCAAUCGAUAUCAGACAGGAUGAAAUUAAUACGGGAGAAGAAACUCUGUAUUAACUGUCUGAAUGCGGGACACUUGGCAAAGGAUUGCAGAUCGUCGACGCGUAAAAAGUGCACUGGUCGGCAUAAUACACUCCUACAUCGGGAGUCAGAGAAUCAAUCGAACGAGAACAAUGCACCAGCGACACCGGUAGUCUCUUGUUGUUCGGAUAGCACAAACGUCAGUGAGGCGAAGCAGGCAGCGAGCAUUAAACAAGAAGAUUCAUCUAGGAGCAUCUUCUACGUACAGAAGCAAUCAUCAAGAGUAAUUCUUUCGACAGUUAGAAUCUUCGCUUAUGAUUCCGAUGGAAAUCCACAGAUUUGCAGGGCACUGCUCGAUCCAGGAUCGCAGUCCAACCUAAUAACGGCAGAUUUCACGAGAAAGUUGAAGUUACCAUGCCGAUCGGAAGAUCGUCCUAUCACAGGAAUAGGCCAAAUGCAAACAAAGGCAGCAAAGACGACAAACUUGCGAAUCAAAUCAACUCAUGGGGAGUUUACAACAACAUUAGAAUGUCUGGUAUUGCCGACUAUUACGGAGCGCUUGCCUCAGAGCAAGAUCGACGUAAGCCAGAUUAUUUUACCAAAGGAUGUUCGCCUGGCAGAUCCCGAGUUUGAUGAACCGGCUGCUAUCGAUUUGCUCAUCGGGUCUGGUUUAUACUGGAAAAUACUUUGUGGAACACCGAAGAACCGCAUUAAGGGCCAGCCAGCAUUGCAAAAUACUAUGUUUGGUUGGAUUGUUGGCGGAGAGAUGAUCGACGCUAAUCCCAAUUCAUCAGGAACGUGUUUAACUAUAACAAAUGACAUGUUGAAUCAACAGAUAGAACGUUUCUGGACACAGGAAGAAAUUGUUAGAACUAAACAAUAUUCAGAAGAAGAGAAAGCAUGCGAGGAGUAUUACAUCAAAACCUUCAAGCGAGAUUCAACGGGAAGAUUUAUCGUAAGAUUACCGACACGAGCAAAUGUCAAGUUAGGAGAUUCGAAGCAGCUCGCCUUGAAACGCUUUCUCGCAUUGGAGCGUCGCUUUGCAAAGAAUCCGGAUCUAAAGGCAGAAUAUGUCAAGUUCAUGAGAGACUACCAAGAACAGGAUCACAUGUCAGUGGUAUCGGACGACGAGGAUCAAGAGGCUGAAUCUUACGUUCUACCUCAUCAAGCAGUUCUACGACCGGAGAGCGUAACGACAAAACUACGGGUCGUAUUUGACGCAUCGGCAAAAACGACGCUUGGCACUUCUCUGAACGACAAGCUUAUGGCAGGUUCCAAUUUACAAACAAAUCUGUACGAUAUACUUCUUCGUUUCAGGACUCACGAGUACGUGGUAACAGCAGACGUCGCUCAAAUGUUUCGACAGAUACGCGUCGAUAAGAGGGAUCAAGGGUUGCUGCGAAUUCUCUGGCGGGAAAGCCCGGAGGAACUGAUAAGGUUAUGCAAGCUGCAUACUGUCACCUACGGCACAACAUCGGCACCGUUUCUGGCUAUACGGAGUCUCAUACAGUUGGCAAUAGAAGAGGGCAGAGAUCUGCCACUGGCCGCAUUAGCCCUUCUCGAAGAUAGUUAUAUGGACGAUGUGAUUAGUGGAGCUAGAACGCUUGCCAAAGCGAUCGAAUUGCAGAAACAAUUGUCUCAGUUGAUGGAGAGAGGUCAGUUUCAUCUCCAUAAAUGGCGCUCGAACGAUCCGCGAGUUUUAAAGCACAUUGCUACGCAGUGCAAGACAGACGACGUGCUUAUCAUCGACAAGGAAGGAGCCCUCAAAACAUUGGGACUCUUGUGGAACGCCAAAUCCGACUGUUUGCAGUAUGAAAUUAAAAUGGAAAGCACGCAAGCAAUUACGAAGCGAGUUGUGUUAUCAAAAAUAGCGCAAGUCUUCGAUCUACUCGGCCUUCUGGCACCGCUGCUUAUUACCGAGUGGGAGAACUACUGCGCCUCUUUGGCAAGGAUUAACACGCUCCAAAUACCACGAAACGUGGUUCCGGCGAACCAGUCGACGACGUUUGAUAUAUACGGAUUUGGAGACGCCUCGGAGCGAGCAUUUGGCGCUUGCCUAUACGCAGUAAGUCAAGAUGAUCAAGAAACUAUUCACUCGCACUUAAUUUGUGCUAAAACAAAAAUAGCACCGCUCAAAACCAUCACAAUUCCCCGAUUAGAGUUAGAAGCAGCUCUUCUGCUCGCAAAUCUGUAUGCUAGCGCAGAAAAAGCAUAUAGUAAGCGAAUCCGAAAUACAAGAUUAGGCAGCGAUUCGCGAGUUUUGUUGGGAUGGAUAAAAACUCAGCCUCACAAGCUAAAAAUGUUUGUAGCUAACCGCGUUUCAAAAAUUCAAGACAUCACGAAGAACAUUCCCUGGUAUCAUGUGCCAACGACAGAGAACCCAGCGGAUCUACUAUCGAGAGGAGUCAGCUUUGACACAUUGGCUGAAAGCAAGCUUUGGUGGCACGGCUCACAUUGGCUGACCAGCGAGUGUCCAUGGCCGGCAAAAAUGGAAGAACCAGAAACAGUCUUGCCGGAACUUAAAUCGACAGCUGUAACGUUGGUAAUGAACGAGACGUCGAACGUGCUAAUGAGGUUCUCGACGUACAGCAAGCUCAAGCGAGUAAUCGCUCAGUGCAUGAGAUGGAAGCAAAACGCGCUUGGAACAAAAAGGACUGGUCCGUUAAUAGUCAAAGAGCUCGAAGAAGCAGAGAAAAUUAUCGCAAGAUUAGUUCAGCGGGAUAUCUUCUCCCAAGAUUAUGAAGCCUUAGUCGCAGGUCGAAAUUUGUCGAGUAAGAGCAAGUUGAGAGCAUUAGAUCCCUUUAUAGACGACAGGGGAUUGAUUAGAGUCGGUGGGAGACUCAGACAUUCGAGUCUCUCGGUAGAUCGAAAGCAUCCCAUCGUUCUACCCGCUAGACAUUAUGUUACGGGCUUGAUCAUGCGUCAGGAACACGUACGUUUGCAUCAUUGUCCCCCGGAGCAACUCCUCAGUGUGGUGCGAUAUCGAUAUUGGCCCUUAAGUGGACGUCGGGAAGCGCGUAAGGUGAUAAAAAAUUGCUUGAAUUGCUUCAGACUUCGUCCAACGACUCCGGAGGUUAAGAUGGGCGACCUACCUAAGCAAAGAGUGGCUGGAUACGAACGUCCUUUCACUAACACUGGCGUUGAUUACGCCGGACCGCUGCAAGUACGCGAGAGUCGGCGUCGCGGAAGAACACAUGUCUCUAAGGGAUAUAUCGCAAUUUUCAGGUGCUUUAGCACCAAGGCAGUUCACUUGGAGUUCGUGUCAGCUCUGACUACGGAAGCGUUUUUGGCAGCUCUAAGUCGCUUCACUGCUCGGCGCGGCAUCUGCUCCCAGAUGUUCUCCGAUAACGGGACCAACUUCGUGGGAACCGCUCGAGAAUUAAGGGAAAUUUACGCAUUCCUCGAGAAAGAAAAAGACGAGAUUCAAACUAGUCUUGCGCAGCAAAAAAUCACAUGGAGCUUCAUUCCUCCCCGAGCUCCACAUUUUGGUGGUUUAUGGGAGGCGGCGGUCAAGAUCGCAAAACGACACCUGAAUUCUGUCACACAGGGAAGAGUGCUCACGUUUGAAGAGUACGCCACGCUUCUAGCCGAGAUCGAGGCGAUCUUAAACUCACGACCCCUCACUCCUUUAUCAAGCGAUCCCACAGACCUCUCCGUACUAACUCCUGCCCAUUUCCUAGUUGGCGACUCGCUCGUUCUACCUGUACAACAUAAUUAUCACGAGGUUCCAGAUAACCGUCUAACAAGGUGGCAGCAUAUACAAAAAUUGAGCCAACAAUUCUGGCGUCGAUGGCAAGCAGAGUACCUGCAAGAGUUGCAGCGACAAAAUAAAUGGGCAGAUUCCGGAUUUCCAAAUAUCCAGUUGAACACGAGGGUUUUGUUAAAGGAGGAUCACGUACCUCCUCUUCAAUGGACUCUAGGCAGAGUCACCGAGUUAUUUCCCGGUCCAGACGGAGUUGUAAGAGUCGUCAUGGUUAAGACUCGAAACGGCGAAUUUAAAAGAUCGGUUAAGAAACUAUGUCCGAUUCCAAUUGAUGACAUGGAGUGA